AUUUCCCACGAUCUGUUACUUGCCAAGAACGAUGUCCCGUCCCAGGCCUCGACCCAUCAUCAAGCAGAAGAAUGCCGAAGCUAGCUCCUCUUCUUCUUCAAUACCGAAGCUGUCAGAACUUGUCGUCAAAGACAGUGAUGAAAUGUUCAUGCGUAACCGCUCGAGAGACAAGGAUGCAUGGCGAAAGCUGGAGCAGAAAAAUAAAGAGAAGAAAGCAAGGAGCAGAUCUCCCGGUAGCGACCAAGAUGAAGACGCGUCACCACAACGCCGAAGGCAAAAGAAAAAGGCGAAUAAUGAUGUACCUAGUUGGCAAAGGAAUAAGAAUCUACUGAGACUUCUCUCGGAGGAUGCCUCUGACGGCGAUGCAGACCUUGAUGACGAUUCAGCGAUGCAUGGUGCCGAGAACACUCCCGGUAAACUCAAACGGAAGCGCGAAAGUCGUCAACGAAGCUGGUCACGAUCCAUCACUCCUCCUCCCGCGAUACCUAUUCAGCAAUUACAGAAUGCGCGGAACGUCAUUCGGCAGGCUCUUGCUCCCAUACCACGACCUGCCUCGCCUACUUUAUCUGACGACGAUCUGGAUACUUCUGCGGACAAUGAUAUCACACUUGACCCCGAGCUUGCCAGCAUAGCUCGGCGGUCUAAGGCUAGCUUCUCUGCAUCUCAGAUAAUCCCAGAAGAUUCUGGCGCUAGCGAUAUAAUCGAGAUUUCUGUCAGAUGGCAACCCCAUCCUGAGAACCCAGGUGCCCUAUCCAACGUUGUUGAAGUCUUCAAAAUGAAUAGGAGCGAGACCUUCCGCGAACUUUUCGAGGCUGUGGCGGAGAUCCAGAACCUUUUGACGGAUAAUCUUAUCAUGACCUAUCAGAACAGGAGAUUCUUCCCAUCUGUGACUCCUCAUACUUUGGGUAUAUGGAGCUCUGCGGAAUUCGUUGCUUGCAGCAAGAAAACAUAUGAAUAUAUGCGUUCGUCGAAAUACAGAGCCCCCAAGCUGCCACCGGUAGACCCCGACGUGAUUGUAAUCACGUCGGACACAGACGGUGGCGUGAAUAUCACGUCGGAUGAUGACGACGAACCGGAUACCUUCUUCACAGCACCUCCUGCAGUACCCGACACGGAUAAAGAGGAAGACGACGGAGAAAAGCUCAAACUAACUCUGCGUUCCAAUAAGACGACACAAGAUAUAGUACUUGUGGUUAGGCCUACAACGACAUGUGGUGCAAUAGUCAGGGCGUUUUUGAAGAAGGCUGGAUUGGCUGACGAGUACCCUGCUGUCAUGAGCGGUGUUGCUUCGAGCCCAACAAAGAAGCGAGGGGCGCAAGCUAAGGAUCCUCGGAUAUACAUUGAAGGAGACAAGAUGGGCAACGAGGUUGAAAUAGGAGAAGCCGACGUGGAGGAUGGCGAUAUGGUUGAGGUCGGAGGGCUGUGAUGCAUCAUUCUGUCCUUUACCCAUCCUUAGUCUGUGGUUUGUUACACUCUUUUUUUAAAUUAUUUGGUUCCUUGGUUUUACUGAAUCCCACGAAUAAAUUCUGUAUACUACUAUAUAUUACAGAUUGUACUCCUGUCAUCAAUGCCAUCCGUCGGUAGCCAUAGAGUUCCGGACCAAUAUCCUUGCAUUAUUGACAAACGCCCGUAUGAGCUCGUCAAAC